UGUUUAUGGAAUGCAAUAUCACGGAAACGGCUCUACUCCGCAGACGGUGCUUCGUACUAGGCACAUAGACAGUGUCGCUGGCUGCAGCGAAUAAGUGCCCUCAAUGUCAGACAUUGGCAAGCUGGCCUGGAAUUUUUAAAUGCGACUCCCUUGAUCAUUAUCUUGGGAUAAUAUUCGACGGCAUCAUCCUAAGUCCCAUCUGUGUACACUGUUUAAUUAGGACAACACCGUCGUCAUCUUCAUCUAAAUCGUCACCAUGGGUACAGUGCUCUCCCUCUCACCCCGUCAGAAGGACUGUGGAUAUUAUAGCGAAACAAGCAGCUUGACUAUGAGUAAUAUUAAUGCAUUCUAUAAUUCGAAAAAUUUUAACUCAAAUUCUAGGGAUUCUACCUCGAUAUCGACCGGGAGCAGUACAGCCAACACGGAGAAGAAGUCUAUGCGUAAGCAUUCCAUUUUCAUCAGUAACCUUGGAUGGAAAAUGUUCAAUCCAUCGGGAAAGAAAAAGUCGUCUGGCCAUAUACCUUUAACCAGCGUAAGUACAACAAUUGCUAAUAAUCAUACGAAUAGCAUGAAUAUGGGAUUAACGAGUUCGGAUAAGGCAAAUAACAAUGUUUUAAAACCAAAGACAAGUAAUAAUAUUCCACGAUCCAAUUUGAUUCCAAUGACCACACUAGAUUCAAACGGAAAUGCUGAAGAUCUGGAUUCGAGUAUAAAGAAAUCGUUUUCUUGUUUCAAUCUCAACACCAGCUCAAAUGCAAACUAUACGGCGAUAGCGAACUUAACCACUACAUCUCAACCUCCUAAGCCCUCUGUUACACAACAGAACAUCAGGCCAAGCAACUCUGUUACCACAACUUCUUUCACCUACUCAACUGCAUCAUCAUUACGAAAGUCUCAGAGCGGGCACAACGUCCGCUCCAGUAGUUUGAUCACCAGUAGAAAAUUUGUGCAAUCCUCCACCAGUGAACUUCUCAAAUGUUUAGCAAAUUUUGUACGAUUUCAUUGCCCAUAUCUAAAAGAUUUCGACACAUCAGAAGCGAUUGUAUGGCUCCGAGCCGUCGAUCGUUCUUUACUUAUACAAGGAUGGCAAGAUGUGAACUUUCUUUCAUCGCCAAACGUUGUCUUCGUAUUCAUGCUGGUGCGCGAACUUCUGACAAAAUCCCGCGUUAGAAAACCCCAGGAGUUGCAAGGUAUGCUGCUUACUUGUUUGUAUUUGUCGUAUAGUUACAUGGGCAAUGAAAUCAGUUACCCAUUGAAACCAUUUCUAGUGGAGGAAAGCCGUGAGAAAUUCUGGGACCGAUGUCUGAAAAUUGUCAAUGACUGUAGUGGGAAAAUGCUGCGGAUUAAUCGCGAUUCGAACUUUUUUACAAGUAUGCUUGCUGAUUUGAAAUCAUAUGCUAAGGUUUAAAAGAGUCAUUUUUUUAAAGAGGAAAUUAAACCCACCGGUUAUAUAAACAAAGUAAGCAUGGAUUUAUUGACAGAUCUCCAGUACGAUUCGUGACCCCAUCACAUGGCUUCCGUAUGUCUAAAGGUCUGAUGCAGACCCAUGGCGAAAGCCUAGAACUAUGACUAUUAUGACUUAUGAGGUGCCCCAACUUUAUUAAGUAGGUUAUCUCAUAAUUCCAAAUUGUGCAAUGUCUACAAACAUUUUCUGUAUAAUUAUUUAUUUAAUAUCGAGAAGUGUGUCUAGACGCAUAUUGUUUUGUGGAGAGAGCUGUAUCGGCCAGACGCCGACAAAUUCCCACUUAUUAAUAUGGCAUAAUCGAUGCGGAUGUUAUUAUGUACAUUAAUGUAUAUUUAUAGUCACAAUUCUAGAAUGAAGUCGGUUAUAGAAGGUCUACAGUAGUCCGGUAUUGAGUGGAGAAUAUUAAAUUACCGAUCACCCAAACGUUAUUUUGAUAUUCAAAAAGGUAAACACACUAAACCCCAACCUCUUCGUCUUGGCACUUGGCAAAUAAUAGUCGCAUCGAGACUCGAUCAGAAAUACCGGCAAAAUUACCACCCCACUGCGUAUGAUUUCUCCCGCUGGUGUAACACGAUUCUUUGGACUGCCAACACGGAGUUUACAUGCUGGCCAGAUGUAAACGCCUGUAUACAAUUUUCCCUCAUACCGUUUUGCUAUUUAAAGACUAAAAUACUAGUCAGAAUGAAACCAUAACAAAUGUUGUACCUCGCAGCGCAUUAACGUUAAUGUCUGUUAUACUUUGCGCAUGGAAAUUCGAACUAUAGGAAUUCUUUAAAACAAGAAAGCAUAGCUAAUUAACCUAAACGAUAAUGAAUAUAAAAUAAAGAAUACUGAUCGGUUAAUUAUGCUGCCAAAAAGUACUCGUGGGGUUAUCAAAUAAGUGAUGUUUGUUUGCAGAAUAUUCAUGACAACUGUAUGGGGGUGGGGGAAUCAUCAAAUGUGUUAUGGAAUGGAUUUUUGUUGCAGAAUCAUGAGUCAACAUCCAGAGCAAAUCCCCAAUGCAACGUUAUCGAAUCCGAGUCGUCAAUUUUCAAGCUUCACUACACGAAGUCUCGCAUUAGUGAACGGAUACGAAUAGCGCUAAUUAUAUAUUCAUAAGUAUAUCGUAAAUUAUGUGCUGUUCUCGGAUAAUAUAACGUACCAUAUUCUUUAUACUAAUGAGCAAUAUUAUUCAGUAUUCAGGUUGCGUUAUAACCUAAAAUCUGUAAUUUAUUAAAAGGGGAACGAUAUAGCAUAUUAUUUGAAAUGAAAAAGACGUGCAAGUAUGUGUUGGUGGCGUGUGAGUGAAGGGGAGGGGGGUAAUUAAAAAUUCGUUAUUAGGACAGUAUUAUCCAGUAGUACUUAGUACAUCCCUCGGGUAUACACGAUAAGUUAUAUUCUGCAAUUAUUUUCCAUAACGAUAAAACAGAUCCAUUCAUUUGUAUAAUGGUAUGUAAAUCAGGGGGAAAUGCUAUUAAUACAACUCAUAAACGAUAUUUUACCUUCUGCAAGCAACAGAUUAAGGCAAUGUUUAUGAAUUCAUUGUAUUGCUUGAACGAAAAUAGAUUCUGAUCAGGAAAAGCAGCAUCAACGAAAGAUGACUGUUCAGAAUGUCGAGCCCGUCAGUAACCUAAAUAUAUUAUGUUUAUUUAUGCCAUCCGUAUUGAUUAACUCGCGACGCUGUAGAACGGCGGCUCUGUAAAUUAAAUAUGUUAAUUAUGUAACUCCAAUAUAUUUAUGCUAGCGAUUUUAUCUCAAAGAGAUGUUUUGUUACCAAAUAUUUCUUUUUAUAUACUAUAUGUAUGAAAUCGUGUUAAAGACGUCUAUUCGUCUUAUUUGUAGAUUGUAAUAUAUAUUUUUUUUUAUAUAAUUACGACCCGUAAAUUCUAUGCAUUUGUGUAUUUUUUUUAAUUGUUGCUUGACCACAUAAUUCCAGUUAUUUUUUGUAUAUUGAUUUUGUAAUUCCUUCCUUCAAUCUGUAGAAGAGUGAGAAUUGGACUGCGAUCUUUUAAGCGACAUGUAACAUUAUACCAUUCCAAUAUUAACCUUUAUCAUAUGAUUCGAUCCUUAUUUCAUAUUUUAACUUGAUGAUAUCUGUACAAUGUGCGAGUUAAGUCAGUAUUUGUUUUAUUUGAAACCAUUUUCGUAUAGAUCUUAAAUGUCAUAUAUUUAUUCAGCCACAUAGAAAUCUCCCACGUAUGUGACCUUUAGAACGCUGACUAUAAAAAUCAAAGAGCCAGUUUGACUGAAAUUAUACUGAGAGUUACGGAUAUGUACGUUCGUUGAUGCGACUACAUUUUGAAACACUCGUCAAUUUAUAUAUCAUCUACGUAAUACAAAACGUCAGGUGUAGUUUUAUAAACCAUCUCCUAAUUUAGUAUGUUAUGCUUCAUUAGGCCUAUAGUCACAUACGUUUUAUGAUUAUGAAAUUCUACUUAUUCUAUAUUUUCUAUUUUAGUUUAUGUGGUAGUAUAUAUAAUCCUAUGUAUAAUAUAUAUAUAUGCGAUAUGUAUAUAUAUAUAUAUAUAUAUAUAUAUAUAUAUAUAUUAUAUAUUAUAGAGAUUAUAUCGCCAAUUAAACACACGGGAAUGUCCCACAGCAUUAUUAAUUUCUAACAAAACCCUUUAUGCAUCCAUAACUAUAUAAAUAUUAAUUACUUUUGUAUAUGGCCCUAAAAAGGUCAUAUCGAAAAUUGCGGCAUCUUAAUCGUCCUUACGCAUUAUCCUACUCUUUGAGAUUUGCACAUUAGACACAGCUAUGAAGACUUUUUAACUAUGGUAAAAUAUCUCGGCGGAAUUAUAUUUUCUGGGCCCAAAGGCAAAAAACGAUCCCACUAUUAACAAAGUUUCAAGAUCAAAUUACUUCUCAUAGGUCUUGUACUUUCUAUAUUAACAUAACCCACGUCUCACGCAAUAUUGUCAUUAAAUUAUAUAAGAAUUAUUUAUGACACGCAACUCCAAAAAGCCGACCUUAAUUCGUCGUUAAGUUUUACGGGUAGUUCAGUUUAUUUCACGUACGAUUAUUAUGUUCCGAGGUAGUAUUGAAAGACCUUCAAGUAUGAAUUCUAACCGGUUGCAAUGUGUUGACUUAUAUUGGUGCUGCUGGCGAAUAUGCAAAUGAUUUAUGUAUUUGAAUUUGGUAUUUAUAUUAGUAUUGGUUAUGGUACUGGUAUUGAUAUUGGUACUGUUAUCGAUAUCGGUAUUAAUAUUGCUACUGAUAUUGGUAUAUUUAUUGAUAUUGUUACUGAUGAUGAUUGGUAUUGAUAUUGUUACUAAUAUUGGUAUUGCUAUUGGUGUUGAUAUUGGUAUUGGUACUUAUAUUGAUAUUGUUACUGAUAUUGGUAUUGUUAUUGAUAUUGAUAUAGGUAUUGGUACUUAUAUUAAUAUUGUUACCGAUAAUGGUAUUACUAUUGAUUAGUAUUGGUACUUAUAUUAAUAUUGUUACUGAUAUUGGUAUUGAUAUUGAUAUAGGUAUUGGUACUUAUAUUAAUAUUGUUACCGAUAAUGGUAUUGCUAUUGAUUAGUAUUGGUACUUAUAUUAAUAUUGUUACUGAUAUUGGUAUUGCUAUUGGCAUUAAUAUUGGUAUUGGUACUUAUAUUGAUAUUGUUACCGAUAAUGGUAUUGCUAUUGAUUAGUAUUGGUACUUAUAUUAAUAUUGUUACUGAUAUUGGUAUUGCUAUUGGUGUUGAUAUUGGUAUUGGUACUUAUAUUGAUAUUGUUACUGAUAUUGGUAUUGUUAUUGAUAUAGGUAUUGGUUCUUAUAUUAAUAUUGUUGCCGAUAAUGGUAUUGCUAUUGAUUAGUAUUGGUACUUAUAUUAAUAUUGUUACUGAUAUUGGUAUUGCUAUUGGUGUUGAUAUUGGUACUUAUAUUGAUAUUGUUACUGAUAUUGGUAUUGUUAUUGAUAUUGAUAUAAGUAUUGGUACUUAUAUUAAUAUUGUUACCGAUAAUGGUAUUGCUAUUGAUUAGUAUUGGUACUUAUAUUAAUAUUGUUACUGAUAUUGGUAUUGUUAUUGAUAUUGAUAUAGGUAUUGGUACUUAUAUUAAUAUUGUUACCGAUAAUGGAAUUGCUAUUGAUUAGUAUUGGUACUUAUAUUAAUAUCGUUACUGAUAUUGGUAUUGCUAUUGGUAUUAAUAUUGGUAUUGGUACUUAUAUUGAUAUUGUUACCGAUAAUGGUAUUGCUAUUGAUUAGUAUUGGUACUUAUAUUAAUAUUGUUACUGAUAUUGGUAUUGAUAUUGGUACUGGUACUCGUAUUGGUACUGGUGGUACAAUUGGUUAUUGGUAUUGAUAUUGGUAUUGAUUUAUAUUGAAAUUGUUAUUUUAAUAACAACUACUCUACACUCAAUUGUAGCGAACUUGCCAACAUCCUCCCUAGAGGUCAGCACUGCCGCAAUGAGUACACCUUUCCACUAUACUGUAAUCCCUAGUUUGGUGGAAAUAGCACGUCACAUAAAUUAAGCAUAACGGCGAUUUAUAUUCCAGGUAGCUUCCUCAAGUGAAAUAAUGAUUUGGUGUAUUUGAAUGUGUUCGACGGGCAUUAAUAGCAUUAAGUUUAACGGCCUUUUGCAAUGUAACGGUACAAUUAUCGCCAAAACAUUAUGAUGUUAGGCUAUGUGUUUGAACCCCAGAAAAGUGAUUAACCAAAUUUGAAUAAAGUGUAUGGCAGAUAAUGUUUACGCCGUAGCCUACAUGCAGCAGGUUUUUAAAAUAUUUAACAGCACAGCGGAGGAAAUAUUACAUCGGUACGGUAAACUUGUUAGAAUAUCAUUAAUAUUUAAACGGGCAGAGAAGUGUUUAUAAUGAUUAUUUGAAUGCCGCAAGUCCCAAAGGAGAGCUCAAUUUGAAUUCUGCCUAAAAGCAAAUAUUUUUGUAUUUAUAAUACCCUGGAUAGAACUCGUUAUUACGACAACAGAAAACAUCGUCACAGUUGACCCCGAAUGUACAGUAUUUUGUUUUGUUUGUUCUAUAAGAUAUAUAUAUAUAUAAGCCCAAGUGUGUAAUUAUUUUCCGAGCAUAAUUAUGACGUCAUUCCAAUCUUUCGUACAGCUUUAUAUAAUCAUUUAGAGAUGUCUUGUUGAGAUUACAAAAUAUUCAAAAUGCAUUUAGAUAGGCCGACGUCAGGGUGAAUUAGAUAGCACUUUAACCAUCAUGUGCAUAGGCCUAUGAAUGUGCUAUGUGUAAUGGAGAAAAUCUUACACACUCCCAUGCAUUAUAAUGACGUCAGAGAGCUUGUAGUGUAGAAAACUGUCUAUUGACCCUCUGUUUCGAUAUUAUAACAUUCGCUAUAAUUAGUGUAAACAAAUUUACCCUCACCCAUGCGUUUGGUGCAUCUACAUUAUAUUUUCCGACUAAUUUAUGAUCCAUUAUCCAGUUCUAUGCUACAGUAUUCACGCCAUUAGUUUUAAACAGCGGAUAAUGCUAAGUGUGAAUUACCGUCUGCUUCGAUAGAGACAUACUUUUUCAAACGAUUUUGGUUCUUUAGAAGCCACAUGCAUUUUAUUCCCUCUGCGUCACUAAAAUAUGUAUGAAAUUGACAGCACUAUGCAUCAGCGAAUUAUACGAAAGAGAUUAAUAUUUAAUAUUACAUGCACUGAUGUUAAACAUUAUGUUGAGAGCGGAGAAUAUUUAGAAAAAUAUUCCAUAUUUAUUUAUAAAUAUAUAUGGAUUGUAAAUAUAUAAGAGGUUAUGAUAUUUUAUAAAAUUGAGAGAAGGUGCGCGAAUGUAACAGACAAAAUUAAUAUUGAUGUAGUGUGAGUUGAUUGAUGGAUAUAGUUCAUACAAUAUAUAUAUAUAGGCCUGUAUAAUUAUAUUAAUUAUAAUUAUUAUUGUUGUUUACAAUGUUAUUAUUAUUAUUAAUAUUUUUUUUAUCAAUCCGCAUACCUUAAAUGUAUGCAUAUAUAUAGUUGUAAUAUAAGAAGGGUAGUUGCAAUUAAAGGAAAACAAAAAAGUAUAUUAUUAAAAACGUGUAAGUUUAGAAGAAGAGACACUGCCAAAAUUACUUAAACGAUUUUUUUUGCCCUGUCAAAUGGUAAGACUACAUCAUACGAGCAUAGACCUACAAAUAAUGCUGGUUUAUUGAUGUCGUCAUCCAGUUGAUAGUGGGUUAACGAAGUGUUAAGACAUACGGUACUUCUGGCCUGUAAGAAUUACUGAGUGACAGUAACGCUCCGACUUAAGGCCAAAGGUCGACUGACUUAAAAACGUGGGAAGAAAUUACAAUUUAUUUAAUAUGUUUAAAUCUCUGUUAGUCGAUUCUUAAAACGGGACUUAAUAUCUGAAUAUAACGAUUAUUAAAGAUAUCAUUGAUGUAUGCGUCAUACGUCACGUGACAUUUUCUCCGUUCAACUUAAGGCAUUCAGUGGUCAUCUCUACCUGUGAUUCCGACGUGUAUGUCUAUUUUGUAGCUGUACAUAAAUGAGUCGGAAAUAUAACUUCCUUAAGCAAAUGUUUGUAUAUUUUGGAACGAAAGGUUGUAACGAUUAAUUGUAAACAUUUUCUGGUUUAGAGAAAAAGUUCUGGAUAACAUUUUUAUGCCCACAAUUUCUGUACAGAAUUUUGAAAGCUUAAGCACAGUGCAGGCUAGCUGGAAAACUAUGAAAUCGUGUACAAAGCAGACAAUGUUAUUAUUGUAAUAUAGACAGCUUAAGUGAUAGUUGAGGCAAUGUACAUAAUUUACAUAGGUGGAACCCGUGCCACAGAAAUGAUAUUACAGGCCUCCUUCUACUAAAGUUUGCUGAAUGCAGACGAACUCACAGUAUUCGGUAUUAGGCCUACUCAAGCGAACAGUAUAAUAUGUAAGCGUUAAAACGUUUGGGGAGUAUUGGCAACCCAGUUCUCCAUACAGUCUUUGAUGUGUUUUGAUAUUCAUUGCGUCACCCGUCAUUGUGUAAUUCUGUUUUCUCUCUACGUGUGAAUAAAUGCAUCGAAAGAUAUGCGUACAAAA